AUGGCUUGCCACGACAAGUUCGUUACUGUAGUCUCAUACCCCUACUCUUGUUAUACUUAUUCUCUGACUGCUGUAGACUCUACCUUCCUCCUUGUAUUCGACAAUGCGGACGACCUUGCUGCUCUAAAGACAGCAUGGCCGACCGCUAUUCAUGGCUCAGUACUUUUGACAACCCGAGAUUUCAUAGUGGCCACGUCUUUGGCUACCAAGUACGUGUUAGUUGAUGCGCUGAGCGACGAGGAUGGUAGUAAGUUGCUUCUGAAGGCAUUGGACCACGACGACAGUUCGCCAGAUGCCCAACAGCAACAGCAACAAGCUAUUACCAUCACCAAGAUUUUUGGUGGACUGCCUUUAGCUCUUACGCAGAUCGGCGGUUUUAUUAAGCAACGAAAGAUGUCUUUAAAUGAGUUCUUGCCACUUUACAAACGUCAUUCUUCUAAAAUCAACGCACGCAAGGCUCCUGGCAGUGAUUAUAAGUAUACUCUAAGCUCAGUAUGGGAUGUCUCCUUCGAGAAGUUAACCGAGAAUUCCACCCGUCUUCUCAACUUACUAUCAUUCUUUGAACCGGAUAGCAUCUCCGAGGAGAUAUUAUUGCAAGGUUCUCAGAGUAUAGUUGAUGAAUUUUCUUUUCUGUCCGAUGAAAUGGACGUUGGUGAUGCAUCAGAAGAGCUCCUCCGAGCGGCUCUUAUCAAUCGAGCUGGUGUAUCGCCGACACUUUCGAUCCAUCGCCUAGUGCAGUCAGCGGCUCGGACGAGACUCAACGAGACACAGACGGCCGAAUAUUUCGACGCUGUCGUUCAUUUGCUGCGCUGGGGAUUCCCAGAUCACUCAAGCACAGAUAUCGGUCACCAGAUUGCAGCUUGGGGACGAUGUGAGAAAUGCCUUCCUCACGUAUACCACCUGGUCCAGCUCGCAAAACACGAAGGAAAGAACCCGGAAGAUCGGCAACAGUACGCUAAUCUCCUCCUCAGAUGCAGCUGGUACCUUUACGAGAGCGAGAUGUACACUAUCGCUAGAGGAAUGGUGGAACAGGCGAUUUCGAUCUUUGAAGAUACGACAAGUCUGGAAUACGCAAGCGCUAUCGACCUCGGCGGCCUCAUCGACUUGGACUUGGCUCAGCCCGCUAAAGCCUUGGAGCCCUUCACACGUGCCCUGGAGAUACGCAAGGCCAACCUGGGGUCAGACGACCCCUUCAUUGCCUAUAGCCUAAACAAUGUUGCGUUGGCAUACACCGAACUGGGUGAAUUAGACCUUGCCUUGUCUGCUCACCAAGAGGCGAUUCGUCUGAGGCUGAAGGCGAAUAGCAACAGAAUCGGCAACUCCUACAGCAAUAUAUCGAGUCUUCUUCUUCGCAUGGGCCGUCCUGAGGAAGCUGAGCAGAGUCUCGCUAAAUGUCCAGCCCUAAAAGACUUUAGUGAUGAGACCUUUCUCAGCACCGGCAACCCUCGCUUCUCAGGCGACAUGGUCUUGUUAUCUCGUAUUCGGCUUGCCCAGGGCCGAUUGCCUGAUGCCUUGAGACUGGCAUCGAAGGCUUUGGAGUUUCGUCGAAAGUUGCUUGGCAACCGGCUCAAAACGUGCGAUUCUCAGUACGAUGUAGCGUCUAUGCUAUUGAAAGACGGUCACAUAAUCUCAGCAAUGUGA